AUUAUUACUAUUGUGCCUCACGUCGGUAUUACCAAAAUAAAAAUUAUGGCUUUCAGACAUAUGUAAAGGAACAAAAAAUAGAGAUGGAAGAAGACGAACCUGUCUCGCCGAGAAAAGUCAACGGAAGACGCUACCUUAGUUGUUGGCAUCGCUUAACCACCGUCACACGGGGCGCAUGUUAGCCUCUAUCACGUUACCGCCCUUUUGUGAAUGGUGGUUUUCGUCUUCCCCCAAAAAACAGCCGCCUUUUUUUUGGGUUGUCCACCGCGUCACGUAUCAUUCAAUCCAAAAUGAUGUUGGUGUUGCCACCUAAUCCCACUAUUCCCUCCACGACGACGGCGCCCCCACCACCUCCGCCUCCAUCGUUUCCAUUAUUAUCCGCUUCGCUAACUUGCUCCGCCUUCCUUAUCCUCCUCCCUCCCUUAACCUACACCCAUCCGCUCUCUUAUCACCUCCUCCAUCAUUAUGUAAUCGCCGCCGCGGAACACAUCAUCAUACAUCCAUCGUUCUCUUCUUCUUAGAUCUCAUCCACUUCUCUUCUCUUACACAGAUCCAUGUCUAGAUCGGAUUCGCCUUCGGCUCAGGACCCCAACCCCAACCCAUCUCCCGGCCGAUCGCCACCGUCUUCGCCGCAAUCCCUUCUCCCGCCGCCUUCGUCCACCACAGAAUCGGCCUCCGCCGCUGCUGUGACAACCGCCUCCACUGCGGUGAAAAAUCCUCGACGACUGCCUCCGCCGUGCUGGUCUCACGAGGAGACCAUCGCGCUCAUCGACGCGUACGGCGACAAGUGGCAUGCCCUCCACCGCGGGAGUCUCAAGGCGAACCACUGGCAGGAAGUGGCGGAGACGGUCGCGGCUCGCUGCCCAGGCGCGAUGCCGCAAAAGACGGCGGUUCAGUGCCGCCACAAGAUGGAGAAGCUCCGGAAAAGGUACCGCACCGAGAUCCAGCGCGCCAGAUCUGUGCCCGUGUCUCGAUUCGCGUCUUCGUGGGUCCAUUAUAAGCGCAUGGAAACCAUGGAGAAGGGUCCGGAGACCAAGCCUGACAACGGGGCCGACAGUGGGGACGACGAUCGCGACGACGGUGAAGACGAUUACCCACCUCGGUAUCCGUUCAGCGGCGAUGGGUACAAGAACGGCGGUUCUGCGGCAAAGACAACGCCGGGGUUCUUCAACAGGAAUGGGAUCGCCGGCUCCAGAGGCAGCGGAGCAGGCAGUAGUAGUGUCGGAAGCGGCGGAAUUCGGAUACGGAUUCCGACAGGGGUGAGCAUAGCCCAACCCGGGCCGAGAUUUCCGGGGAAGAUCGAUCAGAAGUACACGACGAACACGAAUUCAGGUGCGACGGCGAAUGUGAGUGCAAAUCCGAAACCAGGUAUAGGGGCAGGGUUCAAUUACGGAGCUAGAAUGGCGAGAGCUUCUGAAGGAGGGAGAGCGGGAGCUGCGAUGGCGAGAAGAGAGAGGGAGACAGGCGAUGACCCAAUGGGGGAAAUAGCGAGUGCGAUUAAGUUAUUAGGAGACACAUUGAUGAGAACAGAGCAGUCGAAGAUGGAGAUGACGAGGGAGAUAGAGGCUAUGAAAAUGGAGAUGGAGAUGAAGAGAACAGAGAUGAUACUUGAGUCGCAGCAACGGAUAGUGGAGUCGUUCGCCAAAGCAUUGGCGGAGGGGAAGAAGACGAAGAAACCGAGAAGAAUUGAAUCGGAUGACUCUUAAGCGGAUUCGAAUGCAGCCUGUAGGUCUAAGGUGUCGUCGUUUUGGUUCGGAGAGCCGAAAGCUCUUAGCUUUUUGUAAAUGUAGGGAUGAAGUUUGUGACUUUUUCUAACGCAUAGAGCGGAGUCUUUGUUGUAUCCAUUGUAUCUUCUUCUGUCAGCUUGCUGGUAUCCGACAUUGUUGAAAGCUCAUCAAGGAGAUGAUGACCGAUUAGAGUAGAAUAGAGGAUGAUAUCUCAGCUUGAAGACAUUGGUCAGAUACUGUCUUGUAAGAAAACUAUGUAUGCCCUUACGCUCAAGUGCUCGUAUAUAUAUAUAUAUGAGACUGAGAGAGCUACUCAGCUUCUUCUGCUCA